AUGCGACGCAUCGUCACUGGUCACGAUGCCAAAGGUCUCGCCAUCAUCGACAAGGACGACGAGAUCGAGCGUCUCGACGUGACUCCAGAGCACGCAACUUUCGCUGUCAUGUGGAGCACCAACCAAUGGCCUAUCGACAACCAAACUCCAGCCGACGGAGCCACCAAGCCCACCUUCUCCGGCAGAUCCCACAACGACAACGGCUCCGUGGUACGAUUCGUCGACAUGCCUCCCAACGCGUGCAGCCCCAUGCACCGCACACAGACCCUCGAUUACGGCAUCGUCAUCUUUGGCGAGGUGGAGCUCGAACUCGAUGGCGGCGAAAAGAGGACCCUCAAGGCAGGCGACACUUGCAUCCAGCGCGGCACCAACCAUCUCUGGAGGAACAACACCGACAAGUGGGUCAGGAUCGCUUUCGUUUUGAUCCACAGCAAGCCCGUUGUCAUUGAUGGAAAGGCGUUGACGGAUGAAGGUUUCCCUGGUCAAUGA